CAGGGGUCUUUUUACCGAGACUUUUUCCAAACGAACGGUUUUUCCGUUUAAUGAUUUGAAUUUCCUUUAGUACCUAAAUAAUAGUACAUACUACAAACAAAUGUUAUCUGUCUAUGGAAAUCUUAAUUUAGUCGUUAGUUGUAUGUAUAUAUUAGUAGAAGUCAAACUGUCAAACGAUUGGGAAAAAAGAUUCAGUGCUUCAUCUGUUCAAUUGCAUCUUCGUUCGUCAAAAUUGUUUAUAAAUAAACUUAAUAUGCGGAUGCGGUACGUAUUCCGCAAGUGUUUUUCAAUUUAUAUGAAUUCCCAUCAUUAAAACAUUCCCGACUUCCAAGUCCCUGACUGAUAUUUUCCCGAAUGGUACAUAAUAUUUUGUAUUUAAUUUCUGGUAACACUGAAAGCAUAUUAUCAAUGCUAUCAGUUGACACUCCGACAGCGUUUAGUAUUUUUUUAUUUUUUAUUUUUUUUUAUAGCUGUAAAAGUGCUAAGUAGUAAGUUGUGAAAAUGUGAAAUACCGAAAUAACGACGUGCACGAAUCAUAUCUUUUUACAUAUAGCAAAUAUUGCUGUAUUUCACACUCACUCUUGUCUCUCAGACUUUUUAUUUAGGUUUUACUACUUAUAAGUUAAAUUAUUCAAUUUUCUAAAUGUGAACAUUUAAAUGCAGUGUAAAGUAUGUAUCUCUCCAUGAACAUUUAUAGUUGACACAAUAUUGUACUUUUAUUUAUACAUAAAAAAAAUCCGAGAGUUAAAAUCGUAAUAGUUAAAAUUUCUAAAAUGAACAGUUUACGAAAGCUAAUACCACUAUGUUCAAAACAAGCAUUUCCAGGGAAAAGGUUCUAUUCAAAUUCAAAAGAUUUGACGAAAGAAGAGAACAAGAUUUUGUACGAAAAACUCUUAAAUAAAAACUAUAAUAGUGAAAAACAUACAGAAGCGAGUUCUUUUGCCAAAUUUUUAACACCUCAUUAUAAAUUUGGACCUCCACGUAUCAUGAAUUAUGACUGGUCUAUAAAAAGCAUGCAUUCUUGGUAUAAGCGCAAAAGAAUUGAAUUUCACAAAUACAAUCAACGUUAUGUAACUGAACGGGUAAAAUCACUUGGAAGCGAUAUAGCUGCAGCUCAUUUUGUUGUUUAUCGAGGCGGUGCAAUUAGAUUUCGAGGGCAAGAUGACUUUCUCAAAUGGACUAAUAAAAAAGAAGAGUACCAUAUCAAUUUACCAUUAAAUUACGACCCAAAAUAUUUUGUUGAAGCCAUUGAUGCAUCAGACCUAAUGUUUUAUUAUGAAGGAUUAGAAAAUUUUAAAAAUCUAUUUAAAUUAAAAUGGCUUAAGUUAAGAAAUAAUCCAGUUUUGGACAAUUGGUGCCUAGAUUACAUAGGGCAUGCAAUACCUAAUUUGGAAUAUUUGGAUAUUUCCAAUUGUCCCCAAGUAACAGCUGCUGGUAUAGCUGGUCUUCAAAAGCUAACUCAACUUAAAACAUUAGUGAUAAAUAGUAAUAAUAUAGAAAUCCAAAUGGCAUGCUUUGCAUUGGAAGAUACAAUUCCUGGAUUGUUUGUUGUUAUUGAGGAGAAUAAAGAUGUUAAAUUACAAACAAAAACAGAACAACUAAAUGUUAAUGAAGUGUAGAAAAAAUAAUUGUAUUUUAAUAAUAGAAAUGGUUAUUUUUAUUGUUAAUAAUAACACUAGCUGUAGCUUGAUUUAAUAAAAAGUACAUAUUGUAUAUCU